AGGGGCGCUUUGCGGCGGGCGGAGACCGGAGCGGCGGCGGCGCUGGGGCCAUGCGGGAGCUGCGCUGUGGGCUCUGCCCGCUCUUCAUCACCCUCCUCUUCCUCCUCCCUCCGCUCCUGCCCGCGGCCCCCCCGGGAGGACCCCUCCAGGCUCCAGUGAGCUGUGGAGGCUCCGUGGGGCCGGACGGGACCAAGGAACCCGAUGCUGGGGGGCAGCAGGAGGGGGGCUCUGUGCUGGGGGUGGGCAGGGAGCUCACUGCUGCCCCCCCGGGUGCUGCCGUCCAGCCGGACCCUGCUGCAGUUCCUGUAUGGAACUGGAGCUCCCCACAGCUCCUCAGGGCUCACACUGCUCACAGGAGGCAGAAGAGGGACUGGGUGAUCCCCCCCAUCAAGGUCCCUGAGAAUGAGAGGGGCCCCUUCCCCAAAAGGCUGGUUCAGAUCAAAUCCAACCGGGACAGAGACACCAGGAUCUUCUACAGCAUCACAGGGCAGGGGGCGGAUGCCCCCCCCGAGGGCAUCUUCACCAUAGAGAAGGAGUCAGGCUGGAUGCAGGUGACGCAGCCGCUGGACCGGGAGCACAUUGACAAGUACCAUCUGUUCUCCCAUGCUGUGUCUGAGAACGGCAGACCGGUGGAGGAGCCCAUGGAGAUCAUCAUCACCGUGACAGACCAGAACGACAACAAGCCCCAGUUCAUACAGGAGGUCUUCAGGGGCUCGGUGAUGGAGGGGGCUUUGCCAGGCACCUCCGUGAUGCAGGUGACGGCCACAGACGCAGACGAUGCAGUGGAGACCUACAAUGGUGUCAUUGCCUACUCCAUCCUCAGCCAGGAGCCGCGGGAGCCCCAUCCCCACAUGUUCACUGUCAACAGGGCCACCGGCACCCUGAGGGUCAUUGCCAGCGGCCUGGACCGGGAGCGCGUGCGGGAGUACACCCUGACCGUACAGGCGGCUGACCUGGAUGGUGAGGGGCUGACCACGACGGCACUGGCGGUGAUCGAGAUCAUGGAUGUCAAUGACAAUGCCCCCGAGUUCGACCCCAAAACGUAUGAGGUGGUUGUGCCAGAGAACGAGGCCGGGCGGGAGGUGUCCCGGCUGGUGAGCACCGACCUGGAUGAGCCGGGCACGGCAGCAUGGAGAGCCGUGUACUCCAUCCUGCGUGGCAAUGAUGGAGGUGCCUUUGCCAUCACCACCGACCCCACCAGCAACGAGGGCAUCCUGCGCACGGCCAAGGGUCUGGACUACGAGGCCAAGAAGCAGUUUGUGCUCCAUGUGGCUGUGACCAAUGAGAGCCCCUUUGCCGUGAAGCUGCCGGUGGCCACGGCCACGGUGAUGGUCAAUGUGGAGGAUGUCAAUGAGGCUCCAGUGUUCGAGCCUCCGGUGCAGCUCAUACGGGUGCCAGAGGAUGUGCCCCCAGGGCAGACCCUCACCUCCUGCACAGCCCAGGACCCCGACAAGGAGCAGGGGCAGAGGAUCAAGUACCUGGUGGUACAUGACCCCGCAGGCUGGCUGUCCGUGCACCCCGAGACCGGCCUCGUGACGGCUCAGGGACCCCUGGACCGCGAGUCCCCCUUUGUCAAGAACAGCACCUACACGGCUGUGCUGCAGGCCAUGGACGAUGGCUCCCCCCCUGCCACGGGCACCGGCACCUUGCUCCUCACCCUGCUGGAUGUGAAUGACAACGGCCCCGAGGCUGAGCCCAGGGACAUCACCGUCUGCAACCGCAGCCCCCAACCGCAUGUGCUCACCGUCACCGACAGGGACCUGCCCCCCAACACCGGCCCCUUUAGGGCUGAGCUCACCCACGGCUCCGGGGACAGCUGGGAUGUGGUGGUCGGUGAUGGAGGGGACACAGUCACCCUGCAGCUGGUGGCACCGCUGCGGCCGGAUGUGUACAGUGUGUACCUGCGGCUGUUGGACCAGCCUGGCAAAGCCCAGCUUACCGUGGUCACUGCCCGUGUCUGUGACUGUGAGGGGCCCACACAGAGCUGUCCCCAUAGAACACAGGCUGGCACCAGCCUGCCCCUCGUCCUCGCUGCCCUGGGUGCCCUCCUGGCCUUGCUGCUCAUCCUGCUGCUGCUGCUGCUGUUCGUGAGGAGGAGGAAGGUGGUGAAGGAGCCGCUGCUGCUGCCUGAGGAUGACACACGGGACAACGUCUUCUACUAUGGGGAGGAGGGUGGUGGGGAGGAGGAUCAGGACUAUGACCUGCGGCAGCUGCACCGGGGCCUGGACGCGCGCCCCGAGGUGCUGCUCCGCAAUGAUGUGGCCCCCACUGUCCUGCCUGCCCCCCAGUACCGGCCCCGGCCUGCCAACCCCGAUGACAUCGGCACCUUCAUCGAUGAGAACCUGAAGGCAGCCGACACGGACCCCACAGCCCCCCCCUAUGACUCCCUGCUGGUGUUCGACUACGAGGGCAGUGGCUCUGAGGCCACCUCGCUCAGCUCCCUCAACUCCUCCUCCUCCGAUCGUGACCAGGACUACGACUACCUCAAUGAGUGGGGCAACCGCUUCAAGAAGCUGGCAGACCUGUAUGGUGGUGGGGAGGAGGAUGACUAGGACCCCCUGCCCCACUGUCCCUGCUCAAUGCCUUACCAUUGCCCUUGUGCCUUGGGGCUGCCCCUCUCGCUGUGCCCCCUCCUCAGUGGCAGCCCCGUCACCUUCCUCCCCUGUAUUGGUUAUGUUUUGUACAUGUAUGAAUAAAGCAGUGUGAUGGUAUGGACGAGGUGAGCAGAACUGGUGGAGGUUUAAUAAAGGAUGUGGUGGUUUUUUAGA